ACAGGGCGGAUGUUAUGGGCCGUGAGUCACUGGGCAGCACAUUUCUCUGCAGCUCUUCUCUUGAAGAAUGCUAUCUAGUCCGAUUAUUGUAAAAUCAUGUUUGUGCACUCUGGUGCAGACAAAGGAGUUGAAUAGUGAAGAAAAAGGAGUUGAAUAAUGCCCAUGGGUCCUAAAUUCUCAAUGGUGAUCAUCAUGCUCCAGAUGUUGGUGAUGUUGUGUUCGCUGUCAGGUGUCCUCUCCCAAACAACAAAUUCCUCGUCCAAGAAGGGACGUAACAUCACCAUCCACUCCUCCCAGCUGGUCUGCAGUCUGCCAGGUCCAGCGGGUCCUGCCGGAAGCCCCGGAGCGCCAGGAUCACCAGGGACCAUGGGCCCCAUGGGGCCACCAGGGAAGGAUGGCCCGGAUGGGAAGGAUGGAGAGAAGGCAAAAAAGGGAGAUCGAGGUGAUCCAGGGAGGACGGGGAACCCAGGUAAGCCAGGUGUGAAAGGGCGUGAAGGUGUCAUCGGCAAGCAUGGACCUCGAGGACUGAAGGGACCACGAGGAACACCUGGGUUAGCUGGAAAACGAGGACAUAAAGGAGAGCUGGGUGACGUGGGCCUGAAAGGAGCUCCAGGGGUAUGUAACUGUGGCAGUGUGGCCCGAUCCGCCUUCUCUGUGGCCAUUACAAAGAGCUACCCUAAAGAGCGACUGCCCAUCCGCUUCAGCCGGAUCCUGCUGAACGAGGGGGAUCACUACAACGCCAGCAGUGGGAAGUUCGUCUGUGCUGUCCCCGGGGUCUACUAUUUCAAAUAUGAUAUCACUCUGGCAAACAAGCACCUGGCCAUUGGGCUGGUCCACAAUGGACAGUACAAGAUCAAGACAUUUGAUGCAAACACAGGGAACCACGAUGUGGCCUCUGGUUCCACUGUUCUCCACCUGCAGCAGUCAGACCAGGUCUGGCUGCAGAUCUUCUACUCCGAGCAGAACGGACUCUUCUUUGACCCUUUCUGGACGGACAGCACCUUCACUGGUUUUCUUAUCUAUGCUGACCAGGACUAUCUCAAUGAGGCUGAUAGAAAAGCGAACGCUCGGGAUGAUGGUUAAUCCUGAGAUGAUUUAACUUUUAUUUAAAUAUUGGUGGAUCUCAUAUUAAAAUGUUUUGAAACCAAAAUCCGACACCAGGGGGCACACAAGGAAAGAAAAGUCAACCUCAGUUGAGGAACCAAUGUUUAACAUUCAUUAGCCCUUUGAUUCAUCUGCAGUAUCAUUCAUUUGCUGACUAAAUAUCUUUGGGAUACAACCUGAUUAUAAUACGAAUAAUCAUCAUCCAUCUUGUUUGUUAUUUAUCUUACAGGAGCUCCAAGGUUGCCACAUUAUAAGUAUUAGAGUGAAACGCACAUACAUCACAGCUAAAAUGAAACAUCCAAUAAUAAGAAAAAUAUAUAAUAAUAAGAUUAAAAAAUGUAGUAACUCAUUAACCAAAAUACAUUUGAAAAAUGUUCUAUCAGAUUAUAGUUACAUUGGCGAGGAGUUCUUGGUUACAUUUUUAAAUAAAGUCUUUAAAAUAUACAUUUAUGUCAGUAUGUAUGUUACAAGUAAGAUGAUUUAUGUCUAAUGGGGUUUGUAUUUCUUUUAACUUAUAUUGAAAAUAUAAGAUCAGCACUUUGAGUAAGGGCUCCUCUUGUGAUAAGAGCAAGUAUUUAUGUGUAUGCAUGUUUUACCACGAACUGCCACAAUGUCAACGUGUAUUUUUGAAGUAAUCCGAAAGUAAUCCUAUUUCCAAAAAUGCCAUGUAAUUUGCAUUAAGUAAACGACUACUUUUCAAAGUAAUCCGACCCAACCCUGCCUGUCCAAAAAUGUAAAGAAAACAGCAUUUUAAUUGACUAUUUUUCUAGGUAAACCGUGUUAUUGGCAUUAAUCAAUUGAACGAUUUCUACAGAAGCUUGAGUAAACUGUGAGUAAAUGACAAUCAUAUACUGUAUAUAUAUCUGAUACACUGCGACUCUCACUCUGCACAUGAACACAAUCUGGGGUGCUUCUAAAUGGAAAUUAUGUUAUAAUUGUGGAAAUACCAAAGUGAUAAAA